CUCUGAUUCGAUUCCAACGAGAAAAGAUUACAUGGUUCACUGGCGUUUUUGCGAAGGUUAACAGUGACGAGAGUGUUAAAACGAGCCGCGUAAAGGAGAAAUAGCACAGCUGCUCGCAUAUCAGGACGAGAGAAGGUCGGAGUCAUGGCGUGGAGGUUCAAGGCGUCGAAAUACAAAAAUGCAACACCAAUCGUGCCCAAGCCCGAGGCUUGCAUCCGUGACAUUUGUGUUGGUUCUUAUCAGACUUAUGGCAACAACAUUGCCGCCUCCGCUACUUUUAUGGCAUUCAAUGUCGAUCAUAAUGGCUCCAGUCUGGCUGUUUUACCGCUGGAAGACUGCGGCAGAAAAAGCAAAACGAUGCCUCUACUUCAUGCCCAUGCGGAUACUGUAACUGAUGUAGAUUUUUCUCCCUUUCACGACGGACUUCUUGCUACAGGCUCGCAAGAUUGUUUGGUGAAAUUAUGGCAUAUCCCAGAAAUAGGCUUAGAAGAGCCUCUUUGUAAUCCAGAGUGUACUUUUUCACAUCGCCAGAGAAGAGUAGAAGUUGUACGCUGGCAUCCUUGUGCUGAGCACCUCUUGACAACAGUUUCUUAUACAAAUCUGUCACUUUGGGAUGUUCUUUCGCAAAAGGAACUUUUCUCUAACAACGAACAUAAAGAAGUUAUUCAGUCAUUAAGCUGGAAACAAGAUGGUACUUUACUGGCUACUUCAUGCAAAGAUAAACAAGUCAGAGUCAUUGAUCCUAGGGCUGCCAAAAACGUGGUUCAAUCUGCUUCUAGUCAUCAGAGCAUCAAGGAUUCCAGAAUCAUUUGGCUUGGAAAUAGUGACAAGCUCCUCACUACAGGAUUUGAUGCUGCCAGACUACGUCAAGUUUACAUCCGCGAUUUGAGAAAUCUAAAUGAUCCAAUCAAAACUCUUGAACUUGACUGCAGUACUGGAAUACUAAUGCCCUUGUUUGAUCCUGACACAAACAUGCUAUUCCUUGCUGGCAAAGGUGAUACUACAAUUAUGUACAUGGAAGUCACGAAUAAAGAUCCAUAUCUAGUCGAGGGUAUCCGGCACAGUGGUGAACAGACCAAGGGUGUUUGUUUAGUACCAAAACGUGCAUUAAACGUCAUGCAAGCCGAAGUUAAUAGAGUACUUCAGCUCACGUCUACCAUGGUCAUUCCCAUCAUGUAUCAAGUCCCAAGAAAAACAUACAGAGACUUUCAUGCUGACAUCUAUCCUGAGACAGCGGGUUGCAUAUCUCAGAAUACGGCAGUUUCUUGGAUUCAAGGACAUGAUGUGCCAGUGCCGAAAAUAUCGCUAGAUCCAGCAAAAAGAAGCAAAGGAGAGGAAGCAAUAACGGUACACAAAGGCAACUUAGAUAGCCUGAAAAAUAUUCAAGACUCAAAAUUGGAAUUGCGUCAGCAAAAAGCCAUCGCGAUCUCAACGCCUAAGGGCUACACCAAGGCACAGUCUUACAUCAUAUCUGAAAAGGACGACGGCUUGCCGGAAAAAAACGAUUUUAACGAAGACAAGGACGAAUACAUAAAGGCAGAGAUCGAUAAGCUCGAGGAUGAAAAGUCUCAAGCUAACAAGAUGCAAAACGGCUCCCAGCCUGUUCAGAUACCGAAGCCACUACCACGCGCUUCAAGAGCUAAUAGCUUGUCCGAAGAUUCAGGUGUUAAAGAAGAACCUAAACCAGUUGCACGACCGCGCACGACUCCAAGUCCCGGCUCAGUUGUGACAUCCGUUAAUCCAAACAUCAUUGGUGGUUACAAGCCUCGUCUUGGACCAAAGCCAUUCCAAGCAAAGUCAGCCAGUCAGGAGUUCUCGUUUGAUAAGGUGUUCUCUGUGCCCUUGGCACCGUCGAGCGACAGCAAUGGACACCAUGUCGGCAGCAACAUGAACAACAGCAAUGACGUCUAUGAAAACAAGGACUCAGCAAACAACUUUAACGACGUUGAUAAGUCCCCGACGUAUGAACCUGAGCAGCGUGCAAACAAGGAUUCUGAAAAUGCAAAAAGCGACUCCAGUUCGAUCGAGGAAGACGCAAACUCGAGCGACUCUGGCUAUAAGCCAAAAACCCCUAGUACUGCCGAGAGACGCAGAUUGUUCGAGGUCAAGGUAAAGGACGAAUCACCGGAGAACGAGGAUUCGGGUAAUUUUGAACGGGGCGGCGCAAAUCGUAAUUCUAUCGCCGAGCGCCGACGACUGUACGAGAAUCGAUCCACAUCGGCUACCGAUGGUAAUUUAGCCGAGAAAGCAAUGGGCUCGCCAACAGCUAUGAGACGCAGAGAUUCCUUUAAAGCAAAGAAUGACAUCACAAAGGAGGAUGAGUCGAAGAAGACAGUAUCAGUGCUCCGUCAGCAGAGCAUGGAUCCCAGGCUUGAAAAACUCGAACCCAUAACUACGCCGACUCCAAAAAGAACGUCCACCGUGUUCGGUAGAGUAUCAAAGUUCAGACAUCUUAAGGGCACGCCUGGACACAAGUCAACGCAUAUCGAAAAUAUUCGUAAUAUCAGCCGUCAGAUUUCUGGAGAAUGCGACGGAUUUCAUGCCAAUUCUGACAGAGUAGCGGUACCGCUAAGCGGACCGGGUGGAAAAAUAGCUGUAAUGGAAUUGAAAAAAACCGGAAGACUACCCGACGGUGUCAUGCCAGCUCUGGUACAUGGAGCAACUGUAAUGGACUUUCAAUGGGAUCCCUUUGAUAAUCAACGUCUUGCUGUUGCUUGCGAUGAUGGUAUGAUUAGACUAUGGGAAAUACCAUCUUGCGGUCUCACAGAGCCAACAAACGAGCCCAGUUACACAAUCGAAGCGCACACAGAUAAAAUCUAUCUCAUUAAGUUCCACCCGCUCGCUUCAGACGUGCUCGCCUCUGCUUCUUAUGACAUGAGUGUCAAGAUUUGGGAUCUUGAGCCGCUCAAAUCUGGCGAGUCGAUUAAGAGCCAGAUCACCUUGCAAGGACAUACUGAUCAAAUUUUCAGUCUUGCGUGGUCACCAUGCGGACAGUAUCUUGCUACUGCGAGCAAGGAUGGUAAGCUCAGGAUUUACAAACCAAGAAGCAGCGAUAUACCGAUGCGCGAGGGUAAAGGGCCAGUCGGUACCAGAGGUGCUAGGGUCAUUUGGGCACUUGAUGGGCGUUACUUGGUUGUCAUGGGAUUUGACAAAGUUUCAGAGAGACAAAUACUGGUAUUCAAAGCUGAUACUUUGGGCUCUACUUUAAAUACAGUUGGAUUGGAUGUUUCCCCUGCUAUCUUAAUGCCGUUUUAUGAUGAGGACAGCUCCACUCUCUUCCUUACUGGACGAGGCGAUUCAACGAUCUAUGCUUUUGAAGUAACGGAGGAAGCUCCUUUCAUAUGCCCUCUGAGUCACCAUCGUUGCGCUUCCUUGCAUCAGGGAUUAUCAUUUUUGCCGAAAAACAAGUGCGACGUUGCUAGUGUUGAAUUUGCUUCGGCAAUGAGGCUAACAAAUAACACAAUAGAACCAUUAAGCUUUACAGUGCCCAGAAUUAAGAGUGAACUAUUUCAAGACGAUUUGUUCCCACCAACUAAAAUAACAUGGAAACCGUCAAUGAGUUCAAGAGAGUGGUUUGGCGGAUCGAAUAAACAAGCUCACAGAAUCAGCUUGAAACCACCAGGAAUGGAUUGCCUCUCAGAAUGCCAAGGACAAGCCGUGGUGACUGCACCAGUUGCAGCUAAGCAGAACUCAGGAAACAUACCUGGAUCCCAGUCUAAUAGCAGAUUAAAUUCAUAUCAACCAAAACAGCUUGAUUUGCUAAAAGCUAUGAACAAUCUUGUGCCCGAAUUGAUUUCAUGUCCAGUGGAGCAUGAAUAUGUGGAGGGUAUAGAAGAUCAUGAAUGGGAUGACUAAGUGAUACAACACACGAUCGAUUUAAUAGAAAAAAAAUGGCUUUUUUACAAUGAGAUUUUUUAUAUACGCUGAGGGUAUUUGUGCAACAGAAUGGAAUUGUCCAAAGUUACGUAAAUAUGUUCGUUCGUUAAUCCAUAAGAAUAUUUUUCCUAUUUAUUAAUUUUUAAAAUAUAUGCAAAUGAUUUUUGCUGAUCUUUAUUCUUGUAACUAUUUUUUGCGAGCUCUAUGAUGUCGUGAAAGGUGCUUUUACGCACGCGAUCAAAUAAUGCGAAAACCGAUCUAUUUCUAUUUGUGUAUGUUGACUAAGAGGAUUCGUUUUUUCGUGUGAGUUUUUUAUACAUUUAAGAAAGCUAUGGUUCAGAGUGACAGGUUUUUAAUUGUGUAUGAAAGAGAAUAAAAACAAAAAGUAAAAAUGCUAGUAUCAAGUUAUCCUGCAGUCAAAAGAAGCAAAAAGUGAUGAUAGUUCUAGUCUGAAAAUAUAAAAGUUUUCUUUAGAAAUUUUUUUCUAACUCAACGCCUAAUCCAAUACUAAUAAUAAAAUAUAGUAUUACUAUAUCAUGGGCUAAAAGUACGUUUAGUUUAUAAAGAAAAAAAAUUAAAUAAAAACAAAAGAGAGAAAUGCUAUAUCGAUCAAGUUGAAUAAAUCUUUUUUUAUAUUAAUAAAGAAUUUUCCAAACAUCGCAUUGCAGCGAAAAAUGGAAAAAAUAUUAAACAAGAAAAUUGUGAAAUGUAAUCGAACAAAACAACAAUUGAAUUUAUAUCGAAUCAGUGAGUAGAUAUAGUUGUAACGGAGGAUAUUAUUUGGAUGAAUCUAAGCAAGUACAAGCGUUACGAGAGUCAUUCUAAGAAGCAAGUAUUUAUUUGUCUUUAUUUUAAAGUAUAAACGCACAUUUUAGGAUUUAAUUAGGAAGUAUAAUUAUUAGUGACUGAUAGAGGUAAUGAAUGAAAUACAUACUAUAAAUUAGUAGUAUGUACAAAAGAAACAUGACGAAAUGCAAGUUAAAAUAAUGCUCGGGCAUCUUUCGUUAUUCGGAAAAAAAAUCGUGUAAAUUACGUUGGCCUUUUUCAUAAACUAUACUGUACGUGGUGAUUUUUAUACUUACGAAUUUCAUGUGUUACAACCUAAGUAUUCUAAAAGUAUUCUUAUCGAAAUAAUAAGAGAAGCUGAAACAUGAUCAAAAUCUAUUUUACACUUGCCAUAUUGACACUUUUGCUAAAACGUAUUUUACUACGAAUAUAGUAAAACAUAUAACUUUUUACACUUGAAAGUUUGUAAUUUGAUAAACCAAGUCAUAAGAAUGACAGUUACCGCUUUUCACAGUGCCAUAUGCAAACGAUCUUGAGUGCUCUGCAGAUUCUCAGUCAUAAAGUGAAAAGAAUAAUGAACGUUUUCAACAUUUCUAUGCCAGAAUUUUUCAAGCUUUUUCAAGAUAAAGAUAAUUUAUUUUUAUUGACUGAUAAAAUCAAUUUAGGAAUUGUAGGUGCCAAAAGUCUCGUUUUUCCAACAGAGUUGACUGCAUAUGCCAUGACUUUUAAAGGAUUAUUCCAUUUUAAUUUAAAAACUAUGCUUUUAGUUUUGGAUAAUUUUAUUUUACAAAGAAAAAAAACUCUAACAAGUAUUUUAAUUCGACAUUUUACUUUGAAUGAACAAAAAUAUCUGUACUUUUGUAGCGCAAGUGCUUCUGCAGAAAAAAUAAAAAUCAAAAUAGACCGGGUUUUUUUAGAAACUGCAAAUGAGAAUAUUUGUAGAUUAUGAUGUAGUUAAAUCUUUGUAACAAUCUUAUAUCUUAUAUGUAAUUCUAUAAAAAAUAUUUCUACUUCAAA